AUGCACUUACCUUCCUCAGGCGAACGAAUGGGGCGCUCAGUAUUCGUGCCAAGAAGAUCGUGGGGGACGGCGAAGAUCCGACUGCGAUGGCCUUGA